GUGAAGGCCCUUUUUUCCUCUUUCCUGUGCACGUUAUGUGUGUUGCAUGGUUGUAUUCUUUGCUGGAAUCUAUUACAGACUGAAAGGGGACCAAUCCUAAAACCAUGUCAUACCAGAACGAGGACGUAGACGGAGAUGUAAGUACUUAUGAUCCCUACUCUUACUCCAGUGACUACGACUUGCACACUGGUGACCCUAAAGCAGACCUGGCUUAUGAGCGUCAGUAUGAGCAACAGACCUACCAUGUCAUCCCAGAAGUGAUUAAAAACUUCCUGCAGUACUUUCACAAAACGAUCUCAGACCUCAUUGAUCAGAAGGUUUAUGAGCUGCAAGCCAAUCGAGUGUCCAGCGAGAGCAUUGAGCAGAAGAUAUAUGAGAUUCAGGAUGUAUAUGAGAACAGCUGGAAUAAGCUGACUGAAAGAUUUUUUAAGACCUCCCCAUGGCCAGAAGCUGAGGCCAUAGCCUCCCUUGUGGGAAAUGAAGUGCUUAAUCCUCACUCAGGAAAACAAGAUGCAGUGUUCCUGAUUCUCUAUAAAGAACUGUACUACAGACACAUCUAUGCAAAAGUCAGCGGAGGACCAACACUGGACCAGAGGUUUGAGUCCUAUUACAAUUACUGCAAUCUCUUCAACUACAUUCUGAAUGCAGAUGGCCCUGCUCCACUGGAGCUCCCUAAUCAGUGGCUGUGGGAUAUAAUUGAUGAGUUCAUCUAUCAGUUCCAGUCAUUCAGCCAGUACCGCUGCAAGACCGCAAAGAAAUCUGAGGAAGAGCUAGAGUUUUUGAGGAACAACCCCAAAAUCUGGAAUGUGCAUAGUGUGCUGAAUGUGCUGCACUCUCUGGUUGACAAGAGUAACAUCAACAGACAGCUGGAGGUGUACACCAGUGGGGGAGACCCUGAGAGUGUUGCUGGGGAGUAUGGCCGGCACUCACUGUAUAAGAUGCUAGGAUAUUUCAGUCUGGUGGGUCUCCUGAGGCUUCAUUCUCUACUGGGGGAUUAUUACCAGGCUAUCAAAGUGCUGGAAAACAUUGAACUAAAUAAAAAGAGCAUGUACUCCCGUGUCCCAGAGUGUCAAAUCACCACCUAUUACUAUGUGGGUUUUGCCUAUCUGAUGAUGCGACGCUACCAGGACGCCAUCAGAGUGUUUGCCAACAUCCUGCUCUACAUACAGAGGACUAGGAACAUGUUCCAGAGAUCAACAUACAAAUAUGAGAUGAUUAAUAAACAAAACGAACAGAUGCACGGUCUUCUGGCCAUUGCUCUCACGAUGUAUCCCAUGAGGAUUGAUGAAAGUAUUCACACCCAGCUGAGGGAGAAGUAUGGGGACAAGAUGCUACGCAUGCAGAAAGGUGAUCUCCAGGUGUUCGAAGAGCUGUUCAGUUUUGCCUGUCCCAAGUUCCUCUCCCCUGUCGUUCCAAACUACGACACUGUGCAUCCCAACUACCACAAAGAGCCCUUCCAGCAGCAGCUGAAAGUCUUUGCUGAGGAGGUACAGCAGCAGGCUCAGCUCUCCACCAUUCGCAGUUUUCUAAAGCUGUAUACUACUAUGCCAGUGGCAAAACUGGCAGGAUUUUUGGAUAUGUCGGAGCAAGAGUUUCGGAUCCAGCUGCUGGUGUUCAAGCACAAGAUGAAGAACCUGGUGUGGACCAGUGGGAUCUCGGCUCUUGACGGGGAGUUUCAGUCUGCUUCCGAGGUCGACUUCUACAUAGAUAAGGAUAUGAUUCACAUUGCAGACACCAAAGUAGCUCGGCGGUAUGGAGAUUUCUUCAUCAGACAAAUUCACAAAUUUGAAGAGCUGAAUCGCACUCUGAAGAAAAUGUCAGUGGCUGCAACUCCCGGGAGCUCCAGCACCACCAACAACCCUGCCUCCCGUGCAACUUAAACUGGUCCUUGGAGCAGUGGAAUAUGAGACUGGUUCUGCUAAUCGAAGAACAAUGGAAGCCUCAGUCACACAUUAAAAAAAAAAUAAAGCUAAAAAAAGAGGA